AUGCACAAUACUAUUUACUGUAUUCUUAUUCUCAUAUGUAUCAUUGCUGUGGAUGAAAGUCGAUUCGUGCCGCGACCUGACAAGGUUCAUUAUGGUAAUGUAGCUCAACCUCGUCGGUGGGGUAAAUGGUGUUAUGUGGAUAACGAAUGUGGCCUUGGAUUCUGCAGUGCUUACAAAUGUCAAUGUUAUCCUGGAUAUAUUACUUGGUAUUUUAUGGACACUUGUUCUUAUGAGCAGCGUAAAAAAUUAACUGCAUUUCUUCUCUCGUUUUUUGUUGGAACACUUGGCAUCGACUGGUUUUAUUUGUCCAGAGGUUAUGCAGGUUACAUCGUUGCCGGAAUUAUAAAAUUACUCCUUUCAGGCGGUUGCUGUUUCGGCUGGCCAUUUAUAUUGAUGGGCACUGACAAAAAAUCGAGGAAAUACUUCGUUUUUGGUAAUGCUGUCAAUAUUAUUCUCUCGGCUGCAGCACUUAUAUGGUGGUUAAUUGAUUGGAUUCGAAUUCUAGCCGAUGCUUUUCAUGAUGGUUACGGUGCACCAUUACAGCCAUGGGGAUAUCAGUAUUACUAUAACGGCCGAUUUCCUUAUCGUGUAUGA